AUGACGUUGGAAGAUUCUGGCAACGAAGACGAAGAAGAUUUUAUGGGAGAGAUUAUCGACAAUUUUGCAUCUUUGGAUACCCAAAUUGAAAGGAGCGAACUGGAAGAGUUUGUGCACAUCGAUGAUGAAAACAACGAAGAGUAUUCAAAAGCAAUUUUGGAAGACGUCGAUGAAAUGUUGGAGACAUUGACGCACCAGAAUGACCCAUCUGCAGAGUGUGUCACUUUCCACGGCUUUGAACAACUGCAUAAAGCUACACUUGAGAUCGAGGACCAGUUGCUGUGCUCUGAGGUCAUGGAGGAAGCAGGAGACAUGUUUAAUGAUCUUAGGAUCUCGUUUGAGUCCUUUCAACAGAAACUCAGACAGGUCACUAUCAAAGUCAAGCGCAAAAAAUGCAAAAUGCCCGGCAAAUGA